GAAAUUAUUUUUUAAAUUUUACCAAACAUCUUCAAUAUCCAUAGAUGCCUCUUAUUGACUUCUUCAUUGACUUGCCUGCAUUUAAAAGUUGUCUCUACUCCUCAGUUACCUCAAUUAUAAGAAAGGGUUAGGUUUGUUAUCAGGUGUCCACCUUUUGUAUUUUCUUUUUCUGUCAAGCACGCAGCUAGUGGCAUGGGUUGCUGAACAUCAUCUGACGAAGUUUGUACGUAUGGUUAAUUUUAUAGUUUUGGUCCUAUUGCUAGAGUAUCUUCUUAACUUAUUUUUGAACUUCAUAUGGUACAUGAAAAACCAUAGUUGGUGAAGCUCGGUUCGAGAAGAUCGGUGGUGCUUUUUUGUCUGUCCGUAUGAGACACAUCGUAUGCAGGCUAAUAUGGAAAUAGUUGCAUCUACAAGCGCCAUUGUCCCUGAAGUUCUCAAGGAAGAUAAUUAUCAAAGAUGGAGUAUUUUAAUGGAACACUAUUUAGUGGCUCAAGAUCUUUGGGAUGUUGUUCAAUCAAGCGAGACACCUGAAGGAGGAAAAGAGAGGGAGUGGAUGAAAAAUAAUGCUUUUGCUCUACAUGCCAUUGGGAUUUCUUGUGGAGGAAAAGCAUUUGAUCAAAUAAAGAAUAUACGCUCAGCCAAAGAUGCUUGGGAUGCGUUGGCUGCUAAGCUGAAACCCCCACCAAUUGCCCAAGAUGCUACUCAUGUUAUUUCUGAGCUUCACCAAGGAAAGCAAACAGACAUAGAGUUGAACUUUGCCAUCAUGAUAUAAUAGGGAAUUUGCCCAGCAAACCUCCUAUAGAGAUCCAAGGUGCGAAAAAGGGAUUGUUUCCACCAAAAUCCUCUCCUUUUGCCUGCUAAUGGCAAAAGUGCUCAAGUGUGUCACUUUCCUCAAAGUGAAAAAAGAAGGAUUUUUAAC